ACCUUGAAACCAUCCCCAUCUUCACGACGACCAUUUCCACGUCGCACAAGGCAUUUACUUGUUGUUUCUUCUCUUCUUAUCUUGCUUCCUGUCGCUACAUCAGCCUUUGGAUAUUAACAAUGGCCGACGUCGCAAACCUUGAGGCUGCCUUUGAGCGCACCACCAUCAACGAUGAGAAUGAUGAGCAAAUCGUCUCUACUACGGCGUACCACAAGGCAAAGCCUGCGGUAGCUGGUCUAUCGUCAUCACAAUCCGCCGCCAACCGCAUGAAGCUGCCCCAUCAGAUACCCCUGCAAAAGAUUGCAACACAGAAUGCAAAGACUGCAAACAUUGCCAAAGUCACAAUCUCAGCAAGCACCAGCCGACCCUCUGAGCACAACCCAUCGCAUCGCCGCACCCUUACCGAUUCGGCCGUCUACACCGUCCCUUCCAACCCAUCAACACCCAAACAAUGGCAUCUCGGCAUGUUCGAGAUUGGCAAGCCCCUCGGCAAGGGAAAGUUUGGUCGCGUCUACCUUGCCAAAGAGCGCUCAUCAGGCUUCGUUUGUGCCUUGAAGGUCCUCCACAAGUCUGAGCUCCAGCAAGGCAAGGUCGAGAAGCAGGUGCGACGAGAGAUCGAGAUUCAAUCCCACCUUACCCACCCCAAUAUCCUCAAGCUUUUUGGUCACUUCCACGAUGCCAAACGCAUCUUCCUUAUUCUCGAAUUUGCCGGCAAGGGAGAACUGUACAAGCAUCUCCGCCGCGAACAACGCUUCCCGGAAUGGAAAGCUGCCCAGUACAUUGCGCAAAUGGCUGCAGCUCUCAAGUACCUCCACAAGAAGCACGUCAUGCACCGCGACAUCAAGCCCGAGAACAUCCUCGUUGGUAUUCACGGCGAGAUCAAGAUUUCCGACUUUGGCUGGUCGGUACACGCACCCAACAACCGCCGUAACACCAUGUGCGGAACUCUCGACUACCUGCCCCCGGAGAUGCUUCGCGGUGGCGGCAAGGACAACUUCUACUCUGAGAAGGUUGACCUGUGGAGUUUGGGUGUCCUGACGUAUGAGUUCCUUGUCGGUGAAGCGCCAUUCGAGGACACUCAGGUCAUGACACAGCGCAAGAUUGCAAGGGGAGAAUACACAGUACCGAGCUUUGUCAGCUCCGAGGCGCGGGACCUUAUCAAGAGAUUGUUGGUGCUCGACCCAGAGAAGCGUAUCGCGCUUGAGGAUGUUGAGGUACACCCAUGGAUUGUCAAGCACUGCAAAGGCAGCACGCGGGCAUACGAGCGUACGUCUGCUGGCAAGGGCCGCAGUAGCUCAGACGAGACCAACGACUCGUACUAAAUCCAGACCUACUGGUCUACUUAAUGUUCACAUCUACGACGGCGAAAGGGAGUUUGCAUGGAAGUCACUUGCUUAUUGUUGUUGCAUCACUCGGAGUCCUGUCCUUUGCUAGGUUUUGGCGUAAGCGGCGUUUGAAUAUAGCAUGCGAGUUGUCAAGCUGGACGCAAUGCAUCCAUUUCCAAUCCAAUACCUACUUUUCAAUAAUGAGCGAAGAUUCAAAUCUAUUCGUUACCUCAUCU